CUUGAUACAGAAAACUUAAUGCCCAAAUUUAAACAGUAAUUCCUUCAUUACAACCCUCACUAAGGUAACUAAAAUCUCUUGGUCGUCCACCAAUACCGUUGUCAGUUUGUAUUUCGUCUGUUAUAGUUUUUCGAUUAUCUCAAUUUUCAUUCUAACAGUUAUAACCCUUUCUACCUCUAAAAUUACUUUAAGUUUCAUUACUUCGGCAAUUACAAAUGACCAUUCUUUUAAAUCACACAGCUUACUAACGAAAUAAUUGUUUUGGUAUUUUUUCACCUGCUUGCCGCCUUCUACAUUCCUCGAGACGGGCUUUGUAUCUGGCCGUACUCAGCAUAAAACAAGCUUUGAACAUUAUAUAUUGUCUGAUCCCCGCAUCAAGUCACUAAAUACCUUCCAUCUCGUUUUAGUUGGUUUUAAAAAUGGACAAUAACUCGAAGGAUAAUAAUGUCUCGGCCAAAACUUUAGGUUAUCCUUACAGUGUCUUUUGUGACAAAAAGGUUUUACUUGUAGGCGCCGGUGGAAUUGGCUGUGAGUUAUUAAAAAAUUUGGUCAUGUCUAACUUUGGGGAAAUUCAUCUUAUUGAUUUGGAUACUAUCGACCUUUCUAAUCUGAACCGACAAUUCUUAUUCCGAAAACAACAUAUAAAGCAACCAAAAGCCAUUGUCGCUGCGAAAACGGCACAAGCUUUCAAUGAACAUGUAAAGAUACAUCCUUAUCAUGCAAAUAUCAAGGACCCGGAAUUUAGUGUUGCCUGGUUUCGCAAUUUUGACAUUGUAUUUAAUGCCCUUGACAACUUGGAUGCCCGCCGUCACGUAAAUCGCCAAUGUCUCCUAGCUAACGUUCCACUCAUUGAGAGUGGAACGACCGGCUUCCUGGGACAGGUUCAAGUAAUUCAUAAUGGGCAAACUGAGUGCUACGACUGUAACCCAAAAGAGACACCGAAACAAUAUCCCGUUUGUACGAUUCGAAGCACACCAAAUCUUCCCAUCCAUUGCGUUGUUUGGGCAAAAAGCUACCUGUUUCCUAAUUUGUUUGAAACUACGGCAGAGCUUGAUACAUCUAUCGACACGUCUGCCUCAGAUGCCGAACAGGUCAAAGAGAUUGCUGAGCUUCAGCGAGAGACGGAAGAAUUAAAACAGCUUCGAAACGCAUUGACCAGUGAAGAUGAUGCAUGCAGGCGUAUUUUUGUUAAGGUCUUCUGCGAUGAUAUUGAACGCCUUCGUUCUGUGCCCGAUAUGUGGACUCAUAGAAAGGAGCCCACACCGUUAGACUUCGACGAACUAAUUACGAAAAUCGAUUCAGACUCCAAACCGUGGGUACAAGACCGAAGGAUUUGGUCUCUUGCUGAUAAUUUAGCUGUCUUCUAUGAUAGUUGCCAGCGACUACGCAAACGAGUAUGGGAUGAAGAACUCAAAUCAAGAAAGGAUAUAGACUUUGACAAGGAUGACAAAGACACGAUGGAUUUCGUGGCUUCAGCCGCCAACCUUCGUGCCCAUGUUUUUGGUAUCCCGACACUCUCCGAAUUUGACAUUAAACAAAUGGCCGGUAACAUCAUUCCAGCGAUUGCUACUACAAACGCAGUAGUUGCAGGUAUUUGUGUUAUUCAGGCUUUGAAAGUACUUACAAACGGGACUCGCGAAUCUAUGAAUAUAUACUUAUCAAGACGCCCAGAACGAGUUUUUCAUGGAGAAAGGGUUUGUCCACCGAAUCCUUUUUGCCAAACGUGCAAUUUCGUAUCGUUUCAGCUGCCCGCCGAUAUAAGUCAACUUACGCUAGGUGAAUUCAUAAGCAAAGUCCUUCAAGAAUAUCUGCAAUAUUCCGAUGAAAUCAGUAUUCUUCGUAAUGACCUAAUUUAUGAUCCAGAUUUUGAUGACAAUGUUGACAAACCACUGUCAGAACUACUUGUUGACGCGCAGCCAGCCAACACUCUAACAGUUCUUGGAGAAGCAGAAGGUGAUUCUGUAGAGACCCUGGAACGUGUUCCUCUUCUUGUGGAAUUUGUGCCUUUAGAUCAAGAGCAUGACAGGUCAGUUAAGUUUGUACUGCCGGAGACACAAAUUGAAAUACCGAAGAAACAAUCACCUGAAAAACAAGCUCAAGAAGCAGAGGAGAUGAAUGAGCUGAAGGAAGCCGUUAAUCCCGAAGAUAAAGAAUUGAUAGUUUUGGACGAGGAAACCAUCAUUAUCGAGGAUGAGCUGGGAGAAUCUCUUGAAAAUGGCGAUGUCGUUUCCGCAUCUAGACCAUUGAAACGUUCAGUGACCGUUGAAGAUGAUAUUACCGAGCUUCCAGCGGCCGGAACCGCUGUCAAAAAGGGCAAGCUCGAUAAUGCCUAAUACACUUUCCAGUUCCUAUACUCGCUAUUGCAAUAAUCAUGGAAUUAAGGUUACAUUACGGGUAGAGAAACUACAAAAACAAUCAUUUUCUGUCAAAGAUUCAGUCUUACCGCCCAGAUGAGCCUAGCGGGACAUAUCGUUCUCCAUUUCUUGGAUUUGAAUGAAACAAUUCCAAUGCAUCACGCACAUGACGAAACCACAAAACUAACCAUAAACACUACCGCACAGACGCAAACUAAAGGAGGACAAGUGUAGUGUUUGAUAUCUAUAUUUUUCUAAAAAAGUCUCAGUUACGGCGCCGUGAACGAGAACGCCAUCUUAUGUUAUAACAACUCGGGUGAUUAAAAACAGCAGGCACAUCCCAAGACAGAGGGAAGAAAUGGACCAGCUACUGAAGGUCACAGAACGGAACUUCAUGAGCAGUACAGACACAAUUACCCCAAUUGAAAAGCCCAUCAGUAACAAUAAAAGCAAACAAAAUCGCUACUAGAACUGUCUCGAGAAACUCAAACGUACCCGUCCUCCGGUACAGACGCUGUUCACCAGAAUUGUAUAUAAAUAACAAACAAAAUAAAAGUCCACAAGUUCUAAAAGCUCAUAAUAGCAGAAACAUUUCUCAAAAACAAGACUUCAGA